AUGGCAACCCAGCCACACCAAUCGUCAAUGAAAAUCCUACAGCGCGAGGCAGAACCGGCGAAGGGGAAGAUGGAGCCGGAGCCCAAGACGAAGAGGGCCGACGCGGCGGCGCCGGCGGCCUUCACGGCGCUCGAGUUCGCCGCGGCCGAGCAGCUCCUCCACCUCCGCCGGAGCAGCGCCUCCUCGGGCACCCCUCGCGCCCAUCCGGUCGCCACCUCCGUGGCUCCCUCGGGCAGCUCCUUCUCCUCCUCCCUGCGCUCCGUGAACGCCCCACCAGCGGCGCCGUCUCCUGGCGCCGUAAUUCUUGGUGGUUGCGUGGACUGGGAGGAAGAGGAGGAGGACGAGGUGGCCGGGAGCCAGCGAAGGGUGAAGCGCUACCGCUUGAUCACUGAGAUCUAUGCCGCGACGGAAGAAAUUGGGGGUCGCAGUGGCGGCAGCCGGAAGAACAAGAAGGAAUAG